GAAUACCCUCAAAACAGAUCCAAGCUCCAGGCGAGCCUUCUCGCCUUGCCUCGCCUCGCCAUGAGCAGCGCUGCAGUUCUGCUCCCCCGGCUCCCGGACCCCAGUAGCAGCUUCCGAGAGGAUGCUCCCCGGCCACCCGUGCCCGGGGAGGAAGGGGAGAGCCCGUGCCCGUCUACCACGGGCAAGGGCCCGCUCCCCAAACCCAUGCCCAUGCCCGUCUCCUCCUCCCACCACGCCCGGCGCAAUGAAGAUGGACUGGGGGAGCCCGAGGGAAGGGCUUCUCCGGACUCCCCGCUGACCCGCUGGACCAAGUCCCUGCUGUGCUUGUUGGGGGACCAGGAUGGGGCGCACCUCUUCCGGACUUUCCUGGAGCGGGAGAAAUGCGUGGACACCUUGGACUUCUGGUUCGCCUGCAACGGCUUCAGGCAGAUGAGCCUCCAGGACGCCAAGACGCUGCGCGUGGCCAAGGCCAUCUACAAGCGCUACAUCGAGAACCACAGCGUGGUGUCGCGGCAGCUGAAGGCGGCCACCAAGACCUACAUCCGCGAUGGCAUCAAGAAGCAACAGAUCGACUCGGUCAUGUUCGACCAGGCACAGACGGAGAUCCAAGCGGCCAUGGAGGAGCACGCCUACCAGAUGUUCCUGACCUCGGACAUUUACCUCGAGUACGCCCGGAGUGGUGGGGAGAACACCGCCUACUUGGGGGGCAGCGGCAACAGCAGCAGCAGCAGCAGCAAUGGGGAGCUAGGCGGCCUGCAGGUGGUGUGUGGCUACCUGCCCACCUUGAACGAGGAGGAGGAAUGGACCUGCGCCGACCUCCGGUGCAAGCUCUCGCCCACUGUGGUCAGCUUGUCCAGCAAGACCCUGAGGGUGACAGCCGGUGUGCGGUCCCUGGAGACGAUGGACAGUGGAUACAGGUCCUUCAAGCGGAACACCCCCAUGAGCCCCUAUCAUGUAGGUGCUGGCUAUGUGCUGGCACCCACCACCAGCGCUAACGACAGUGAGAUCUCCAGUGACGCGCUGACUGAUGACUCCAUGUCUGUGACCGACAGCAGCGUAGAUGGAAUCCCCCCGUACCGCGUGGGCAGUAAGAAGCAGCUCCAGAGAGAAAUGCAUCGUAGCGUGAAGGCCAAUGGCCAAGUGUCUCUACCUCAUUUCCCGAGAACCCACCGACUGCCCAGGGAGAUGACCCCCAAGGAGCCUGCCACCUUCGCCGCUGAGCUGAUCCACAAGCUGCAGAAACUGAAGCUGGAGCUGGAAAGCCGGCACAGCCUGGAGGAGCGGCUGCAGCAGAUGCGGGAGGAUGAAGAGGAGGGCUCUGAGCCGGCGCCCAGCUCCCGGGAGGCGCCUGCACCCCAACACCCCCUCUGCCUCUUGCCUGCGGGCAGCUAUGAGGAUGACCCACAGACCAUCCUGGACGACCACCUGUCCAGGGUCCUCAAGACCCCCGGCUGCCAGUCCCCGGGUCUGGGCCGCUACAGCCCGCGUUCCCGCUCCCCCGACCACCCCCAGCAGCUGUACCGGCCCCUCCUCCCGCCCGGGGGCCGACUGCCCCCCGCCAUCGCCUCGCCUGUUGCCAGUGGCCCCCUCCUGGGUGCCAAGGGCUUAGUGAGCAAGCCGGCGGCCCGGCACGUCCACCACCACCAUGUCCAUCACCACGCCGCACCCAAGUCCAGGGCAGAGCUGGAGGCUGAGGCAGCCCAGAGGGUGCGCGGCUUCUGCCCCCGGGGCCCCGACCAUCACUGCUGCCCCCAGUGCAGGGCCGUUUCCCGCCCACCCGAGCCUGCGCCCGCUGAGCCGCUCGGGCCCAGCAGAGGUGGCGGCAGCAGAAAGGGCACGGAGCCUGGCCUCACUGCCCGGGACGGUGGGGCCCCUGGAGGCCCCGGGGUGCUGCAACUGCCAGCUGAGGAAGGCGACCGGUCGCAGGAUGUAUGGCAGUGGGUGCUAGAGAGUGAACGGCAGAGCAAGCCCAGGCUCCCCAGCGCCCCAGGCACCAAGAGGGCCUGCCCCACGCAGCCCACACGUGGGCCCCCAGCUGAUCGUGCAAGUGGCCGGCAUCAUGUGUGGGGGGCCAGCAAUGGGCACCCCCGCCUCGCCCCUCGAACCCACCCGCUGACCCAGGACGCUGCAGUGCCGCCCCUGAGUCCCCCCAACACCCUGGCCCAGCUGGAGGAGGCUUGCCGAAGGCUGGCGGAGGUCUCCAGGCCCCCGAAGCAGCGGUGCUGCCUGGCCACGCAACAGAGGGACAGAGCCCACUCGGCCCCUGGACACACUGGCGCUGCACCCUGCCCUGGCCUGAACCUGGCUGCAGAAGACCACAGGGAGCCCAAAAUGCUGGCUGGUGGCCCCACGCUGCAGGCCAGUGAGCUGGUAGUCACCUACUUCUUCUGUGGAGAGGAGAUCCCCUACCGGCGGAUGCUGAAGGCCCAGAGCCUGACCCUGGGCCACUUCAAGGAGCAGCUCAGCAAGAAGGGAAAUUACAGGUAUUACUUCAAGAAAGCCAGCGAUGAAUUUGCCUGUGGAGCUGUGUUUGAGGAGGUGUGGGAUGACGAGACAGUGCUGCCCAUGUAUGAAGGCCGGAUUCUGGGGAAGGUGGAGCGGAUCGACUGAAGAAGGAGGAAGAGGAGGAGGAGAAAGCAGGGGAGGAAGCUCUGGCAUGAUAUGCGCAGGGGCCCCUGGGUGGACACGAGACAUGUGGGCAUCUGGCAUGCAGGCCCCAGGACGGAGGCGGAAACUAUUUAUUAAAACAUGACCACUCAUAGCUCGGAGGGCCGGUCUGCUGUCGGCAGGGACCGGGCGCUGAUCUAGGCCUCCCUUGGGACCUGCCAUCCAUAAACUAAGAAACCGUGUAUAGCUUCCCUGGACAGAGAUUUUCUUACUGAUAUUUAUUGAACAGUUCACUCCCCCACCCCCUUGACCCCCCCUAACCUCCCUUCCCCCUGGUAUGCAUAUGCUGCUUUGAACAAGGAUGGGAGAGCAAUGUUCCAUGGGUCUGUCUGGAUGUAGGUCGGUAGGGAGCUAGGUGCGAGCCACAAGUCAUCCACUAGAGAGGAGCAGAGAAGGGGACUGGACCACCCCUCGAAUCCUGCCUUGUCCCAACUGUGCUGCUCAACAGGAAAGGCUCUGAGGGCUCUUGACCCCCAUUAGAGUUUGGGGGAAGAGGUGGUGGGCGGUGUUGGUUGAGAGCACCUCCCGACAUGGCUUCCAGCAUCAGUCUGGACUUGUGCACCGGCCCCAGGUCAUCUUCGCUCAUGCUUGGUGAAGACCCAGGCGCCCGGCGGCUUCUGCCCUUGAGUCUCUAGGCCACCCCUCCUCACCCAUCACCCCUCAGCGGCCAUGAAGCUGAUGGUGGAGGGGAGGACCCCCCCAAUCCCACGGUACCCCCUCUUUUGGCGUACCCCACUUGAUUCUGAAGUUCGGGUUUCUGUGUUAAAUUAAUGUGUGCGUUCUGUUUGCCAUCGUCCCUUUCCCUACGCGUCUGUAUAUAUUUCACGGCCAAAAAGAAAAAAAGGAAAAAAAAAAAAAAAAGAGUCUGAAUUCACUAUCUCUAGUGCUUGACCGAAUCAGUACAGUAACUGUACCUGCACGGGCCACCCCCGUGUGUCGCCCUAUAUUGAGGGCUCCAGCUUUCCCUUGUUUUUUGAAAGGGGUUUAUGUAUAAAUAUAUUUUAUGCCUUUUUACUACAAGUCUUGUACUCAAUGACUUUUGUCAUGGCAUUUUUUUUUGGUUCUACUUAUACUGUAAAUUAUGCAUUCUAAAGAGUUCAUUCUAAAGGAAAAAAAAUAACUUGGUACAAUAAUUAUUGUAAUUAAGAGAUGUAGCCUUUAUUAAAAUUUUAUAUUUUUCAAAA